CACAUCUUCGUCGACUUAACACUUUCGUCAACCACAAACAUCGAUCAGACUGUCCCAUAUAGCCUUGCAUAUUGUAGUGUGGGCACGAUGAAUAGCUUAGCACGCUCGGCGACUGAUUUCAAUGCAAGGCUGGUCAUCGGGCCGAUCCAAGUCGGUGGACUUUUGAGCGCUGCAUUAUUCGGUUGUCUUGUUUGCCAGUCCUACGUGUAUUUUGCAAGAUGCACGAGCGAUCACCUCGCCCUGAAAGCAGCUGUAUCUGCAGUCAUGUUGAUUCAGCUGGGUCAUUUUGUCUGCAUGAUAUCAACAUUGUGGACAAUGACUACUAGCACCUAUGGCGACCCAUCUCAACUCGGGGUGCUUCCUCUAGCGGCAGACCUGGCCAUUCCGUUGAGCUCUUUUACAGCAUUCAUUGUGCAGACAUUUUACGCAUUUCGACUAUGGAGGUUGAGUGAAAAUAUUUUCUUACCCAUUCUUUGCGAAAUGAUCUCCGUUGUUGCACAAAUUUCCACGCUGGUUUUUGUACCGAGUGCGAUCACUAUGACGGACCUCACGACUUUUGAACAUGAUCAACUUCUGCUGAUUGCGCUCUCUCUCAUCGCACGUGCAGCCUGUGACUUGAUCACCACCACUGGGAUCGCCCGGAGCUUAAAAAAGAAACGAGGCUCUGGUCUCAAAGACACGGUGACGAUGAUCGACCGGUUGAUUUAUUGGACGAUUGAGACUGGUCUGGCCACAAGUUUGAUGGCCGUUACAGUGGCAGCAUUGUUUCUAGCCCUGAAGCAGAACUUUGUGUGGUUUGGAGUAUGGUUAAUGUGGCCUAAUGUCGUAGGGAACUCCUUGUUAGCCUCUUUGAAUCGGCGAUUGCUCCUUCGGGAGAAUGGGAGGGCCCAGAGUCGUGGUGGUGCUGUAAACGCGAUUGUGUUCGGAGCUGGAGUUAUGCAAACGCAAGCAGACCCACUGGAGAAUUUCAAGAACCGAGGCGUUGAAGUGUUCCAAGAAGCAGAACUCUAAAUCAAUCACGAACCAAGGCAGGUUUCCAUCCCUGCGGUGGUCCAUAUACGAGCAUGUGUUUAACAGAUGAUGAAACUUGUUGCCGACUAUGGGGUGGAUGUUCGGCGGGAUGAUUUGCUCUCGACAUUUUGUAGGUUGAAGGCAUGGAUGAUGUGUUAAGGUUCGUCGGUAAUGAUAUGUGAUCUAAUAUGCGAAUAGGCGUCCUGAGGUUGUGGGCUCCCCUGGGUGCUAUGUGAAGGAUGUGUUACAGUGCGCCAGCAAUUCGUGAACGUUGGAUGCGGAG